AUGAACAAAAUCAGGUCUCUAAAAUUUCCAAAAUCCAAACCCAAAAUCAAGUCCAAACCCCCUGCUCCAUCUCCAAACGACAAGCCCAGACUAAAGUCUAACCUACCCCAAAAACUUAUGGAAGUAAAAGAAAUAUAAACAUUCCUCAAGUUUCUAUUUAUCGGAAGGAUGACAGCCGUCAUAAAAAGGGGAAAUUUCUGCUUAAAUAUUACCACAACUACAAAAAGACACCAAAAACAGGAAUAGUUGCUCAAAAGUAAAGAGAUACUCUUCCUGCAGCAGAAAUUCAAAAAUUUAACAGAUAUGAAUGAGAAUUUAAGACAGCAAAUAUUUGAUAUCAAAGGAGAAGAUAAAGUGUUCAUGCAUAAAUUCAAAAAUCACAAAAGAUAUAUUAACAAGAUGAACACUGAGUUAGAAAACACCAUGAGUUUAGUGAACAAAUACAAGAAAUUUGUUAAAAAGUACAAGAGUGCAAAAGGAUAUGUUUAA